AGUUUACAGAAGCCGUGUUGGACAGCAUGAAGGCGCAGGGCUCAAUCUGUGUGUGUGGGUACGUCCAUUCGUACGCCCUUCAAACCUCACAAGGUUACGUAUCUCUCAGUACGCUUUAUGUCUUUUCCUUCUAAACAGGUGUAACCCUCAAAGAAUUUGAUCACACCCUCAUGUAAAUAUAACAUGAAGUCGUUGCCCCUAACAUUUUAUGACAUAAUUUUGAUUUUUAAAAAAAGCUCCUCAUGUCACUAAUGUGGGGGGCGGGAGGACAUGGGGUGGGACUGCAGCUGUGAACCAUUGAAUCGAGUCUCAUUUCCACAUAUUGCUUUAACAUACAAAUACCGUAUAUAAGCUCAACUAUAGAUACGAUUUCAAACUUUCGAAAGAAAAAACCAACCUAGACCAGUAAUGGUCACUUACAUUAAAUUAGCUUUAUGUCUUUAGCUUAGAAUCUUAAAAAUCUGUGGCCCCGGGGUUCGUGGGGGCGGGGGGGGGGUGAGUGGAUUUUAAAGAAUCGUCCAAACUGAAGUUUUAAAUUUUUUAUUACAAGUCAAUGGUAAACCCUGGCAAUGAAAACUUUCGAAAGAAAAAACCAACCUAGACCAGUAAUGGUCACUUACAUUAAAUUAGCUUUAUGUCUUUAGCUUAGAAUCUUAAAAAUCUGUGGCCCCGGGGUUCGUGGGGGCGGGGGGGGGGGUGAGUGGAUUUUAAAGAAUCGUACAAACUGAAGUUUUAAAUUUUUUAUUACAAGUCAAUGGUAAACCCUGGCAAUGCCGUUCACUGACACCAAGUAAGAUGUUUUGAAAUGUACCUCCAAUAGCUCAAACGCAAGGUCCGUACCGUCUAUUUUCAACCAAAGAUGGUCACGUGAUCAGCUCAUCUGUUCAUGACUUCGCUCAGAAAUUCCCGGAGGCUGAAUCUAAAAUCCUUGAAUGGAUUCACCUAGUGAGUCUUGGUUGAUUAAAUUUCUUUUUUUCCAUUUGUGAAUUCUGUUGGGUAAGAAAUAGGCCGCCAGCAGGGUUAUGACGUCCCACCUCAUUUCCUCUAUAUUUUAUUUCUUUUUUAACCCGUCUCUUGAAGAGCUCGUGAAGUAAGUUCUUGUUUUGUCCAUCACGUUUUGGAGCAACAACUUCUGGUUAUUCAAAGACCAUUAUUCUGUCUGCAACUAACGCUAAGGAUAGAGACAAGCUUUCCAGUCUUAAUUUGCAUCGCCAUAAAAAUGUUAACACAUUUUUUCUCUACGGGAAGAAUUUGUGUUUUGUUUUUUAGUUUGUAGAGACUUGUGUGUUUUGGUGAGGUCUCAUACAUUCAAACUAUGAAAAGAGAUGCAAUUCGUGACGGGUGAAAACUCUAGUAUAUUAUUUUCAUCGUUGAAAUCUUAAGUUAUUUAUGGAUUACUUUUUAAUUUAUCAAACCUGACCAGCUUAGUCUUCAGUAUCAUUUUGACAUCUCUUUAUGACCACAGUGAAUGAAACUGGUAUCAUUGUAUGUAAUGUUCUAUGGAUGAAAAUUAAAAAAAAACAAACAACAUAACUUGACCUAUUAUUGUGUGUGUUUGUUUCAGGGAAAACUCAAAUAUCGCGAGAUUUUGUUUAAUGGCUUUGAGAGGUUGCCGGACGCGCUGACCGCUCUCUACGACGGGAGGAACGUUGGGAAAAUCAUUGUCAAAUCAGCAUUUGCCGCCAACUUGCAAACAAUGGUCGUCAAUGUUUAAUUCUUUUUUUAAAAAAAUAUUUUUUUUUAAACUUCUGGCACUGAACUGAAAAAACAAAAAAUAUUUUGAG